AUGACAGGCAGUAGAUAUCAAAUUAUAUAAAUAAUGAACUGGGAAGACGUUCAGAAAAUGAAGUAUUCAUGGAAUGUUGCAUGUGAAGUUAUGAGGCUUGCCCCACCACUUCAGGGAGCUUUUAGGGAAGCCCUUAAUGACUUUGUCUUCAAUGGCUUCUCCAUUCCUAAGGGCUGGAAGUUGCAUUGGAGUGCAGAUUCAACACACAGGAACCCAGAAUAUUUCCCAGAAUCAGAAAAAAUUGUCCCGACAAGAUUCGAAGGAAAUGGACCUGCUCCGUAUACAUUUGUUCCAAUUGGAGGAGGACCCAGAAUGUGCCCUGGAAAAGAAUAUGCACGUUUGGAGAUACUUGUGUUCAUGCAUAAUGUGGUGAAAAGGUUUAACUGGGAGAAACUGAUUUCUAAUGAGAAAAUAAUUGUGGAUCCAUUGCCCAUGCCUGCUAAAGGCCUUCCUGUUCGCCUUAUUCCACAUAAACUGCUUGAUUAACUAUAUAUAUGUAUUAGCCUGCUCCAUUAUCUUUCUUUAUAGUUAUUUAUAUUUGAGAGUGUUGAAAGGUUAAACAUGUAACAAGGCGAAACAAGCUGGUGCUUAGAAAAUAUCAAGAUCGAAUGCGGCAAUUUGCCUUGUCUUUGUUUCUUUA